AUAUCCGUAUGCGCCAAAAUAGAAUUCGGAGAAAGAGAGGGGCUGAAGUGUGAAGCCGGGCGCCUCGAAUCCCUGGCCCAGCCGCCCAGGCGAGCAGCUUCCCGUCUCCCCGUCGCAUGACUCAGCACCACCUUCCCUCAUCCUCCUUCUCUCUCCUCGUAUAAAGCGCCGCAACCCACGACGGCGACGCCGCCCAUGGGAGCACCACCACGCCACGCCGCCCCGGCUCCACGCCGCGAACCCUAGCCGCCCGCCCCAUGGCCGCCGAGUCCUGCGGCAGCCGCGGCGCCUCGCCUCCGCCGCCACCUUCCUCCGCUGGCGGCGGCGGCGGCGGCGCGGCUGGGAGGCGGCGGAAGGCUGAAGCCUACGCCGAGGUACUCCGCCGCAUCCGCUCUGGCGGGUACGGCGGCGGGCGCCCGGGGUUGGAGGACGAGCUCUGGGCCCAUUUCCAAGGCCUACCAGCCAGAUAUGCUUUGGAUGUCAAUGUAGAACGAGUUGAAGAUGUCUUACUGCACAACAAAUUGCUUGAGCAAGCCCGUGAACCCAUGAAUGGGCUGGUCUUUGAUGUUCGUCCUUCACAGGUUGUUACUCCGGAGGACAGCACCGGAUUUGAGUCCUCAACUUCCUUUAAGCAAGAAGAACAAGAUCCCCAAUCCUCAGCAUUUACAUCAAGAGAUCAAAGGCCUUUAUAUGAAAUUAUAUUUGCAUGUGACGAUAAGCCAAAGCUUCUUAGUCAGUUAACCUUGCUUCUUGGGGAGCUUGGUCUUAAUAUCCAAGAAGCGCAUGCAUAUUCGACAAGUGAUGGCUAUUCCUUGGACAUAUUUGUUGUCAAUGGUUGGGAGUACGAGGUUGACAUUCUCCGAAGUGCAUUGAGGAAAGGCAUUGAUAAAAUAAAGUACAGAGCAUGGCCAUUGGUCCAGUCAAUGGCUGCUAGGAUGGAUCACCGGCCAAUGGAGGUUUCUCCUUCAUCCGACUUUGUCCAGAUACCAGCUGAUGCAGCUGAUGUUUGGGAAGUUGAUCCCAGGCUUCUCAAAUUCGAACGAAAAUUAGCGUCUGGAUCAUUUGGUGAUCUAUACCAUGGGACGUACUGUAGUCAAGAUGUAGCUAUCAAAGUACUCAAGCCUGAGAGGGUUAGCGUUGAUAUGCUGCGUGAGUUUGCACAGGAAGUAUAUAUAAUGAAAAAGGUUCGUCACAAGAAUGUUGUACAAUUUAUUGGUGCAUGCACGAGACCUCCUAUUUCAUGUAUAGUUACAGAAUUCAUGCAUGGAGGGAGUAUUUUCGACUUCCUUUACAAUAGACGAGGAAAAUUUCAGCUCCCAGAUGUGAUAAGAAUUGCAUCUGACAUUUCCAAGGGAAUGAAUUACUUGCAUCAGAUUAAUAUUGUUCACAGGGACUUGAAGACUGCAAAUCUUCUUAUGGAUGAUCAGGUUGUCAAGGUUGCAGACUUUGGGGUUGCAAGGGUUAAAGACCAGUCAGGAGUUAUGACUGCAGAAACAGGAACCUACAGAUGGAUGGCCCCUGAGGUCAUUGAGCACUUGCCGUAUGAUCAUAGUGCAGAUGUUUUCAGUUUCGGGAUAGUUCUUUGGGAGCUACUAACCGGAAAGCUUCCAUACGAAGACAUGACACCUCUUCAGGCUGCAGUUGCCGUUGUUCAAAAGGAUCUGAGGCCCACGAUUGCUGCUGAUACUCAUCCCGUGCUUGCUGAUCUGAUUCAGCGUUGCUGGCAGAAAGAUCCGGCUCUAAGGCCAACCUUUGCAGAGAUUGUGGAUAUACUGAACUCCAUAAAAGAGGUGGUUCGGAGUUCUGGGCAUCACAAGAGACAUCCAGGUCGAUCCGACUCUGGGAGGAGACGAGGAUGUUGAUGCGGCAGUUUUGUUUAGUGUUCCACGCCUUUGUUUCGUCGCCCUUUCUCAUUUUCAUCUUUGACAUUGGUGUUAUUUUGGUUGUAGUUCAGUAAUAGCUUCAGAAUAUGGUCAGAUGAGUUUGUUGCACUCAUUUCGAGAGGGUUACUUACAGUUUGUAGGCUUGACUAAAUGUUAAGAGGAGUUCCACUUUUUAAAGCUUGAUGAGGGGUGUAGCGUA